ACUAUGUCAAAUGUAGAAGUUUGAUUGUGCCAAAAUAAAAUUUACGAGAGUAAAACACACUCUUAGAAAUAUGAGAGUUCUCGAAUCACAAGAACAUCGACAUAUUCCUAAUCAGAUGACAAUUCCGAGAUUGGGGUCUGACCCGAAAUUUUUACCCGAUUAGACUAAGACAGUAAAAAGGUAAACCAGUAAACUGUAAAACAUUUUUACUUACCUCCAAUCUGACGUUUGCCCUAACUUCCAUUUUCUAAAGCCCCCAACUUCUCCUAACCAACACAAACUGUUAAACCCCUCAGGAGUCCUCUCCCCUCCCCCAAAACCUCAAAAAACCAUGUCCUCCAAAUGGCGCGCGAUUCAGCACCGCCACAAGUACACGUACAACACCGUCGUCUUUCCCGCCUCCUACACCGCCUCGCUGACGUCACUCCCGCCCCAAAUCUCCAACUCAAAAUUCUUCUCCCAAUUGAGCGACCUAGUCUCCCUGAAUUCCACAUACGCCCAACUCAACCACACCAAGGCCCUCUCUUCCUCCUUCGGUGACUUAUUAGCCAACGGUGACGAAGCCCUAGUCGCCGAAGCGGCGCCGUUUUACUUGGAGCUUCUGUUUCUGGAAAAUUCUCUGCCUUUGCAUAAAACCCUAGUCUCUGCUCUGGCAAAGGCCCGAACUUUCCAGGCUCUGAUCGGAAAAUGGUUCCGGAAUCUUUGCGAGGAGUAUGGUGGCGGUAAAGGGAAGCGGUUCUGCGUCUCGAGGGCGGCGCUGUCGGUGAUGGGUAUGCCCAAGUUGGGGUUUUUGGUUGAGGUUGUGGAGGAAUGUGCGGUUUUGAUCGCUUUGGAUGCGGUUUCGAGCUUGAAUGCUUUGGUUUCGGAGACGAAAGCCGCGGCUAGGCCUUCGCCGAUUGUAAUGGAGCAAUGCCAGGAGGCUCUGUCUUGUUUGUAUUACUUGCUUCAACGGUUUCCGGCUAAAUUUGGUGUUGAGGUUGGGGAUUCGGGUGUUUUGGAGAUGAGUAUGGCUGUCAUUUUGAGCAUUUUGAAGUCGGUGGCGUUUUCGAGGGACUGUUAUGUGGCUGCUGGUGUGAGCUUCUGUGCAGCUCUGCAAGUGUGUCUUGGUCCUGAAGAGCUUGGCUGGUUUAUAAUUGAAGGUAUAUUUCGUCGAACUCACUCUAAUUGUGAGAGUGAAUUAAAGAAUGCUAUUGCUAAAGUUCCAUGUAAAGGGGAUGUGUACUCUGAAAUAGGAUGUUUAUGUGAUAUGAGUAGACUUUGUUUGAUAAGAGGGAUUCUUACUGCGGUUUCAAGAACAGUGCUUAAUACCCGGUUUGAUAUGUCUGGGGGUAAUUCGAAUGGCUAUCUGGGACAUGUAAAUGAGGAUGAUCAUGUUAAGUCUAUACUGUAUGAUGGAAUUUUGCCUGAACUGUGUAACUACUGCGAGAACCCUACAGAUAGCCAUUUUAACUUUCAUGCGUUAACUGUAUUGCAGAUUUGCUUGCAACAAAUAAAAUCCUCAAUGUUAGCUAAUCUUACAAUACCCUCGCAGCAUUAUGAUCCAAUCCCAGUGGAAAUGGGAGCCCGAAUAUUGAGAAUUGCAUGGAAUAAUCUGGAAGAUCCUUUAAGUCAAACAGUUAAACAAGCUCAUCUUAUUUUUGAUCUCUUCCUAGACAUCCGUUCCACUCUUUGUUGGUCAGAAGGUAGUGAGAGAAUAAGGUCAUUCUUGCAAAAUAUUGCUUCUGAUCUUCUUCGUUUGGGUCCUCGCUGCAAGGGGAGGUAUGUUCCUUUAGCUUCACUGACCAAGCGAUUGGGCGCAAAAACUAUGUUAAAUAUGAGUCCUAACCUGAUGUAUGAGAUUGUACAUGCCUAUGUUGAUGAUGAUGUCUGCUGUGCUGUCACAUCAUUUUUGAAGUGUUUUCUUGAGCACUUGCGUGACGAGUGUUGGAGCAGCGAUGGUAUUGAAGGUGGUUAUGCACUUUACAGAGGGCAUUGUUUGCCCCCAUUAUUGUAUGGACUUUCUUCUGGGGUUUCAAAGCUCCGCUCUAAUUUGAACACAUAUGCUCUUCCAAUUUUACUUGAAGUGGAUGAGGACAGCUUAUUUUCCAUGCUGGCAUUUAUUUCAGUUGGUCCGAGUAAGGGUGAUGAUCAACUGUUAUUUCCUGAGCUCUUUGGUGAUAACAUAGUAUUGAGGGUUGAACAAAAGGUGGCAAUCUUAGUUUCAUUGCUCAAGGUAUCUCGUUUGCUUGCUUUGAUUGAAGGGGACAUUGAUUGGUGCAAAGAUUCUGAUCAAUAUGCUCUUGUUUGUAUCAAGGGAACAAAAGUUGAAGUUGUUGUUGAGUGGUUAGUGCUUGCGUUGACCCAUGUUGAUGAGUCAUUACGUGUGGAUGCUGCAGAGACUCUUUUCUUGAAUCCCAAGACGGCUAGUUUGCCUUCCCAUUUAGAACUCAUGUUGUUCAGGGAAGCAGUCCCACUUAACAUGAGAUGUUGCUCUACAGGUUUUCAAAUGAAGUGGAGUAGCUUGUUUAGAAAGUUUUUUUCUCGUGUGCGAACAGCCUUGGAAAGACAAUUCAAGCAGGGAAGCUGGCAGCCGAUUGAGGAUAACAACCACAGUGGAAAACAUCUUUCAAAUGGUAGUGAGCACACUGAAGCUCACAGAGCAAGUGAUCUUUUUCAUUUCAUGAGGUGGUUAAGUUCAUUUCUAUUUUUCUCAUGCUAUCCUUCUGCCCCUUAUCAGAGAAAAAUAAUGGCCACACAGCUGAUUCUGAUAAUGCUUAAUGUUUGGUCCAUUGUGCCUGCUACUGAAGAAAAAUUUGGCUGUGUUUCUUUAGAAGGCUGUCUCUAUCCUUAUAAUCAAGGAACGACUUCACCUGAUUCAACUUUGUUGUUAGUUGGAUCAAUAAUUGAUAGUUGGGACAGGCUGAGAGAGAGUUUCUUUCGUAUACUGUUACACUUUCCAAAUCCACUUCCAGGAAUUUCAGAUGAAGAUAUGGUCCAGAACGUGGUUUCAUGGGCUAAGAAAUUAGUUUGCAGUCCGCGUGUGAGAGAAAGUGAUGCUGGAGCUCUGGCUUUAAGGCUAAUUUUCAGGAAGUAUGUCUUACAGCUAGGAUGGACAGUUCAAGCUUCAGUUUGUGUAGCUUGCAUUCAAUCACAGUCUGGAUUGGAAAACAGAGAUUGUCAGACUUAUAAUUCUAGGCACCCUGUGAUUGAAUAUGUUAGAUCACUGAUUGAUUGGUUGGAUGUUUCCAUAGUGGAAGGGGAGAGGGAUCUUUCGGAAGCCUGCAAAAGCAGCUUUGUCCAUGGAGUAUUACUUACUCUACGAUAUACUUUUGAGGAACUAGACUUCAGCUCUGAUGGAGUACUGUCUAGUAUUUCAGAGAUGAGGCAUCUAUUAGAGAAGCUCUUGGGGCUUGUGAUGCGAAUAACUUCUUUGGCACUUUGGGUGGUUUCUGCAGAUGCUUUGCAGCUUCCUGAGGACAUGGAUGAUAUGGUUGAUGAUGAAACUUUCUUAUCCGAGGUUCCAGAAGAGGUGGAGGCAAAAACAUCUCUUUUGGAGCAUGGAGACAAUAACUCCACACUUCUGCAGGAUAAUAGGCGAUCGGAACAAACUGUAAUGGUUGGUUGCUGGCUUGCGAUGAAAGAGGUGAGUCUUCUUUUGGGAACUAUUGUAAGAAAGGUUCCUUUACCAAGUAGCCCUUCCUCAGUAUCAUUACAUGCAGAAGCCACCUCUUGUGCAUCUGGAGUUUCAGAUAUGAUGGUUUCGGAUGCAAUGCUUGAUUUGAAACAACUUGAAACAAUUGGGAAUCACUUCUUGGAAGUCCUUCUUAAAAUGAAGCAUAAUGGUGCCAUUGAUAAAACAAGGGCUGGAUUUACAGCUCUUUGCAACCGUUUACUUUGCUCAAAUGAUCCUAGGCUUUGUAAGUUAACAGAGUCCUGGAUGGAGCAACUUAUGGAAAGAACUGUGGCCAAGGGUCAAGUAGUGGAUGACUUGCUAAGGAGAAGUGCAGGUAUUCCCGCUGCAUUUACAGCUCUAUUUCUGUCAGAGCCUGAAGGUGCACCUAAGAAACUUCUCCCACGGGCCUUGCGGUGGCUGAUAGAUGUCGCUAAAGAGUCUUUUAUGGAUCAAUUUGAAACCAGCAGCUCCAAUGGUGACAUGCGUAAAUUUUGUUCGACAAAGUCGGACAAUAGUUUUGAUUCUGCACUGCCAUCGGAGAGAAAUAUAAGUGAUAAAGUUUCAAAGAUCCGGGAUGAGGGUGUCGUUCCUACCGUACAUUCAUUCAAUGUCCUUAGAGCUGCUUUCAAUGACACCAACCUGGCUACUGAUACAUCAGGGUUUUCUGCUGAGGCUAUGAUUAUUUCAAUUCGCUCCUUUUCUUCUCCCUACUGGGAGGUUCGGAACAGUGCUUGUCAGGCAUACACUGCUUUAGUACGUCGCAUGAUUGGAUUCCUUAAUGUCCAGAAACGGGAGUCACAAAGGCGUGCACUAACUGGGGUUGAAUUUUUUCAUAGGUAUCCCUCUUUGCAUCCAUUUUUAUUCAAGGAACUGAAAGCUGCAACUGAGUUGCUUGGGGAUGGGCCAUCUGGACAGUCUGGGUGUAAUCUGGAAGAUGCUGUGCACCCAAGCUUGUGUCCUGUGUUGAUUCUGUUAUCCAGGCUUAAGCCCUCAACUAUUGCAAGUGAGGCUGGAGAUGACCUAGAUCCUUCUUUGUUCAUGCCGUUCAUUAGGAGGUGCUCAACCCAAAGCAAUCUCAGAGUCCGUGUUCUUGCAUCUAGAGCUUUAACAGGCCUUGUAUCUAAUGAGAAAUUGCCAACUGUUAUUCUCAAUAUAGUAUCAGAGUUGCCUAGCAUAGACAACCAAGCUACAAUGACUCCUGAGUCGUCCUUGCUACUUCACAAAACCAGAAGAAGUAAUUGGAUUCAUGGAGUUCUGUUGCAGUUAAGUUCUCUCCUGGAUACAAACUGUAGAAAUCUGGCCGAUGUCGUAAAGAAAGAUCAGAUUUUAGGUGACUUAUUUGAAGCUCUUCUAAGUCAUUCAUGGAUGGCAAUGCCCAGAUGUUGCCCUUGUCCCAUCCUCAAUGCCUCUUUCUUAAAGCUGCUGGACCACAUGCUCAGUAUUGCGAGGACAAGCCAUACCAGCAGACAUAUUUAUGCCCUCCGCAACCUACUGUUACAGUUAUCUACAGAAUGCCUAGAUGUAGAAGCUUCUCAUGGGUUCUCUUAUUAUGAUCCGACAAUAGCUCAACUCCGCCAACAAGCAGCAGCAUCCUAUUUCAGUUGCGUCUUUCAAGCAACUGAGGAAAUGGCCGCAGAGGCUUUUCAGAUGCCUCAGAGGUACUCUCAGAUUGAUUCAACUAAUCAGAAGAUACCUGAAACAGAGAAUGCUUUUAUAGGACUCCAGGAAAGACUGGUCCGGUCUCUGUCAGAUUUGGAAUAUGAAGUUCGACUUGCAACAUUGAAGUGGCUACUGAAAUUCCUAACAUCAACAGAAUCUGGUAGCGGGUCCCAUAAUUUUAGCAGUGAGGUUAGGAUCAUUCUCCACUGGAUCAGAACUAAACUCCAGACCUCAUUGGUUGAUCUCUUAGAUGUGGAGAAGUAUUACAGAUGCUCAUAUUACAUUCUGAGAAUUAUAUUCACUUGGAAUGCGCAACAGUUCCAGAAGCCUAGGGAUGAAAAAUGCACUGAAUCAGUUUAUGUUGGUAGUAUGGAAUGUGAUUCUGUGUUUCUGCUUUGGGAUAAGUUGAUUUCCUUGUACAAUCUCACAAGACAUGCAAAGACUCGAGAAACACUCAUAUGCUGCAUUGGAAUCUGCAUAAAGAGGUUUGCAGGUUUAUUUACAACUUCUGUUCUUUCUGAUGUAACGGACAACAAUGAGUCUGAUCAGUUAGGAAAACUGGGCGCACUUCAUAGUAGAAUUUCCUUUUUCACUGAAUUAAUUAAGAAACAUAGUGCUUCAUCUCAGCCGGUAAACAUGCGUAAGGCAGCAGCAGAGUCUAUCAUAGCAUCUGGUUUGCUAGAGCAAGCUGAGUUGAUUGGUUCUACUGUGUUCAAUAGCCGAAUCCCUUUGGAAAGGUCAUCGUCUCAUUUUGAAGGAAAAGAAGCGGUUAAUAUCUAUGCUCAUCAAAUAGUAGAUAUAUGGUUCACAUGUAUCAAGCUGCUGGAGGAUGAAGAUGACGAGAUUAGGCAAAGGCUCGCCAUGGGUAUUCAAAGGUGUUUUUCUUGCCAAAGAUCCGGAAGAAGCUCUCUUACUGGAGAAGUUCCAACUCAAGUGGAGAAAGUGAUAGAGUCGAGUUUCGAGCAUCUAACUUCCAUCUUUGGUCACUGGAUUGGGUAUUUGGAUUUUCUUUUACACAGUGUACUGAAUGCAGCAAGCCAUGAGGUGUCCAAAGGAGAUCUUGUGAGACAGGUAUUUGAUAAGGAAAUCGAUAAUCAUCAUGAGGAAAAACUUUUGAUCUGCCAGCUUUGCUGUUCUCAAUUAGAGAAGCUUCCGAUUACAAAAUCUUGUGCUGUCGACGUUUCGGACAAACAGCAGUUUAGGGAUUAUUUACAUGAUUGGAGACUCAGGUUUUCCCGCCAAUUGAUGUCGUUUGCCAAGGACUGCAUGGCGAAACUAGGUGGAGCCGAUUGGGUUGGUGGAGUAGGUAACCAUAAGGAUUCAUUUCUCCCCCUGUAUUCCAGUUUGCUUGCAUUUCAUGCCAUCUCGAACUGCAUGUGGAAUGGGAAUGCGGAAGAUAGUACACAUCUACUGUCUGAUGUUGUUGAACUCGGGAGAACUAUCAGUCCAUUUCUGAAGAACCCUCUGAUCUCUAACCUGUAUUUUUCAGUACUUAAAUCUCAUGAAGAUGCUCUUGGUCCGACCAAUGAUGACUUGAUCUCCAAACUGAGAGGAGAGGAUGCAAUAUGGAAGGGGUUCAAUCCCCAUUUUCUUCUUACUUAAGAUCGAGUUUGUGUAACUGUAAUAGCUUUUGAUUCUUAUUCUUUACUCAAUACGAAAUCUUGAUAAUUUUUCAAGGGAAGGAACUAUCCAUCUUUUCUUCUUCUUCUGGGAAUGUACUGUGCAGUUCAGCUUGAGUAUACAAUAAAUCUCUUCAUUACAGUCA